AUGGACUCCGCCAUGGACAUCACCAGCAAUGCUCUGGCCAUAUCCGGGAAGAUAUCCUCCUUCCUCAAUCUCAUUCAAGCCACCGGCUUCAGCCGUCGUCUUCUCGAAGCAGAGCCCGCGGAGCCCGGCCGGUACGUGGACGGUAAUCCUUCAUGGGUGUCCCACGGCGACCGGAAGCUCCUCCAGACUCCUGCCACGCUUCAAUUCACGCCCAAUGUUACAGUCGCCAAGGAUGGAAGUGGAAACUUCACCACCUUAUCAGAGGCAGUCGUUCAAGUACCGAGGAAAUCUGACGAAAGGAGGGAGUAUACAGCGAAUAUGUAUGGUGAUGGUCCAGACAUGAUAAUAGUUACAGGAAGCAAGAACUAUGUCGACGGCGUGAGGAUCUUUAAGAGCCUCACCUUCGCCACCGUCACUUUUACAGCAACUGCCCCAUCAGCGGCACCAUCGACUUCAUCUUCAGCGCCGUCGCCGCUGUCUUCCGGCUUCCUGACCAUGCGCCGUCCACAAGCUCACCAUGGGACCGUCGUCUUCGCCCAGAGCCGCGUCAGAGUAGAAGAGUCCACCGGCUUCAUCAGCCAGAACUGUAGCUUCGUCGCCGUCCCCGCCCUCACCGACGCCACCCCCAAGGUCCGCUGCAUCCUCGGCCGCCCGUGGAAUGCCUUCUCCACCACCAUCAUCAUGGAGUCCAACAUCAGCGGGUUCAUCGACCCCGAAGGAUACAUACCCAUGAACGGCGACAUCGACCUCAACACCUCGUCCUACUUCGAGUUCAACAACAAGGGCCUCCGUGCCGACACCUCGAAGGGCGUGAAGUGGCCGGGUGUGCAGACGAUCAGCUGGGAGCAGGCCAAGGCUUACACCGUCGAAGAAUUCUUUCAUGGACGGGAAUGGAUCCCGAGUUGA